CUCGUGUCCCUGUCUUUUUAAUUGCUUCUUUAAUUUUUUUUUUUCUGCUUUUCUCUCUCGCAAAUGGAGCAGUUAGCCUAGAACUUCUUUUGAGCUUUGAAUCUUGAUACAGAUACCCAAGAUAUAGAAUUUGAAAUGGAUUCAAAUGGGAGCAUAUGUGCUAACACCUGGACGAGGUCAUCAUCCUUAACAUCACCUGCAAAUGGUUUAUCCUCAGAUCCUCUCUCAUUCCCAGGUAUUGGUUUGCAGCAUAAUCAACGCAAAUGGGAUGAUCCCUCAAUUUCAGAUUAUGGGAUCAGUGCUGAAGCACCUUACAAAAACUUCAACCAACUCUCUCAAACCCAGUCUCAGCUUCCUUGCAACUCAAACAAUGAGACUAAGAUCCCUGGUCAAGAAAACUUUCCUCUGAGUGAAUCGUCACAAAUUGGUAAACUCCAAGAUUGGGACCCCAGUGUAAUGUUGAACAACCUUUCCUUCCUGGAAGAAAAGAUUCAUCAGCUUCAGGGUCUAGUGCAUUUGAUUGUUAAUCAAAAAGGGAUCGGACAACCUAAUGAACUUGUAACUCAGGAACAGCAGCUCAUCACAACUGAUCUUACAUCAAUCAUUGUUCAAUUGAUCUCAACUGCAGGUAGUCUUCUCCCUUCUGUUAGGCAUACCCUUAUAAACACUAGUCCAUUGGUUGGACAGCUUGGCCAGCUCCGUGGGACCAUCGUACCUUCUAGGUUGGGUCCAAGUAGCAGCUGUAUUCAACCACAAAACAAUAGUGAAAAAAAAAUCUCUGAUCAGUCCAUGCAGAGUGAUCUACCUAAUAAUUGUGAAAUGGAGCAAAACUACAAUAUCGAAGACCAUGAAUUGAAAGAUGAAGAUGCAGAUGAUGGAGAAAACCUUCCCCCAGGUUCAUAUGAGAUUUUACAAUUAGAAAAGGAAGAAAUCCUUGCACCUCAUACUCAUUUCUGUACGAUCUGUGGGAAGGGGUUCAAGAGAGAUGCGAAUCUUCGAAUGCACAUGCGAGGCCAUGGUGAUGAGUACAAAACUCCAGCAGCACUUGCAAAGCCACACAAAGAAUCUGGCUCUCAACCAAAGCUUAUCAAGAGGUAUUCCUGCCCCUAUCCUGGCUGCAAGCGAAACAAGGAUCACAAGAAGUUUCAACCUCUGAAGACUAUUUUAUGUGUCAAAAACCAUUACAAAAGAACCCACUGUGACAAGAGUUACACAUGCAGCAGAUGCAACACCAAGAAGUUUUCAGUCAUGGCUGAUCUAAAAACUCAUGAAAAGCACUGUGGUAAGGAUAAAUGGCUUUGUUCAUGCGGUACAACAUUUUCUAGGAAAGACAAGCUUUUUGGGCACAUUGCUCUUUUCCAGGGCCACACACCAGCCAUUCCCUUGGAUGACACUAAAGGGAUAGCUGAGCCACCCAAUCAUGACGGCAAAGAAAAUAACACUAAGGUAGGGAGUAUCAACUUCAGUUUUGGAUCGAAUAAUCCAAAUGGAGAUAGAGUUCAAAAUGUCAUGAAUUUAAAAGGCAAUAUUGAUGAUCCUAUCAAUUAUUUCCCAACAUUGAACUUUGAAGCUAACUUUGGUGGGUUUAAUGAAUUCACACGACCUCUAUUUGAUGAUUCAGAAGGAUCAUUCUCCUUUAUGAUGCCUGGAUCUUUUAAAUCUGAAGGAGAAUCAACUUCUGAUAAUCUUUUGUAACAAUUAAUACUGCCGUUGAUGCAGUUAAUAUCUAUGUUUGUCUCUUCUUUUUCCCCUUGUGAAGGAAUAAAGCUUUUUGGUUUAUGUUAAAUUUGUAUUUAGAAUAUGCAUUACAAAAGAUAGUAUAGUUAACUAUUUUUUUUAUAUAAUUGAUUUUCUUUCUUUUUCCACUUAAAAAAAUUGUAAAGCAUAUUAAUUUCAUUAGCAUGUGUAAUCCUCCUGAUCUUACUUAGUGACAUGAUUGUAUUAAUUUCGUGAGGAUGCAAUUUUUUAAGAAAGAUAUAUAUUUUCUUGAGGAUUAAUAAUUUAAAUAUGGUAAAAAAAAUGAAAUUAUAGAUAUAUGAUGUUUUUUUGCUAAAUUACGUGAAUGUAGUCUCAAAAAACGUUAUUGGUGAUUUUUUGAUAAAACAGAAAAAAAGUUGCAACCUAAGAGAAUUCAUUGACGUGACUCUGAGCUUGAUGGAGGUUAGAAAACUCGGCCAUUGGUGACCUUUAGGCCUGCAACUAGUUAAACGCCAUUGAUGGAUGUUGGAGGUACUGAAAAUUUUGCAUUGACGACCUUUGACAAGUCAAGGAAUCUUCCACCUUCACUGUAGUUGGUAACACUUGGUAGGAAUCUCUGGAGCUCUAGAAAAUCGCCAUGGGCGAUAUUUGGAUCAGAAAUUUCUACAUUUCACUGUUGUGUGCAGGCAUGGGCAAUGGUGCUGGUAAAAAUUGCCAGGGGCGAAUUUUGAUGCUAUAAAUUCCAACUCCAAGUGCAGUAAAAAGCCAUGUGCGUAGAAGAAGGGAGAUGUAGUGUUCUAAGGUCAAAGAAGGUGAAAAAAUUCUGAAAAACAAUUGAGGGAAAAAUUAUUAAAUUUAAAUUAGAAUAGAAAAAUAUAUUACAAAAAUAGUGAGGGAUUCUAUUAUAGAUUCAAGGAUGUAUAUUCAGAAAAUAUUCACAAUUUAAACGUAAGUAUUCUUUUUCUAAUUUUAUAUUUUAAUUAGAAUUUAAUUUUGAUUACAAAUUUGUUAAAUAUAUCCAUAUUCUUGAGUACUUUAGAAAAAAAUUCACAUUUAUCCAUAUUCUUAAGUUGAAAUAAUAAUAAUAGUUAAUAUAAAUUUUGUUAAUAAAUUAACAUUUUUAAAUAUUUGUAAAUAUUUAUUUUUAUAUUUAUUAACAUAAGUUUUAACUUUUAUAACUUUUAGAAAAAUAACGUAACAAUUUUUUGUAUUGGUAUAAAUAGUUAUUGAAUAUAAUAAUUUAUAAAAUAUUUAUGCUAAUGUAAUAACUUGUUAUUAUUUUAAUUAUUUUGAUGAAAUUGGAAAAUUUUUAUGAUUAGUAGUAAUUGAAAAUUAUUAAUAUAAUUAAAAGAAU